CUCACCAGCUGGAGCCCGUCCCAGCUAUAAGGCUCGAGGAGAGGAGAGGCCCCCACUGUUCCCCAAUAACACUGAGGAUGAAGACACUCCUGCUGCUCCUUGCCACCCUGACUGUGGCCCUGAGCCCAGCCUACACACUCCGCUGUCACGUGUGCAGCGACAGCAACAACUGCAAGAAAGUUCAGCAGUGCCCUAGCGGUUACCACUACUGCAAGACUGUGAUUUCAGUGGAAUCUCUAGCAGGGAACCUGGUGGAGAAGAGCUGUGAGGUUUCGUGCACGACUUCCGACAGCCAGCAGGGCCAGGUCAGCAGCAGCACCGGCACCAGGAGAACGCAGUGCUGCCGGGAAGACCUGUGCAACGAGAGGCUGUUCAGCGCCGCGCCUGCCGCCACUCUGCUCAGCAGCGCCACCUCGCGCCUGCUGCUGGCCCUCGGGUUGCUUGCCCUUCUCCUGGGCCCGCGCCUGUAACCCCCUUCCCUUUCAUUUCUGGAGUUACUACAGCCCCUUGUCUGGCCAUGUGGGAGUGCCUAAUUCCUGAGGCAAGGGACACCCUGCAGGCUGCAGCCCAGUCCUGGUGGGUGCAGGACAAGAGGAGGUGGCCAGCCAGGCAACAAGGCAGACAAAGAACAGACAGCUCCCCUUCCUGAUUUUCAACUUUUGUUACUUAUUUUUCUAUUCA